AUGACUCUACCACUUAAUACUACAAACCUUGAAGAACUUAAAGAAAAAAUAGCAACUGGAGUUGCUGUCGUACAAUUCCAUGCUACAUGGUGUAAAGAUUGUAUUAAUGUCAGACCAUUAUACAGAAAACUUAUUACAGAAGCACCAUCAACAACUUAUCUUGACAUUGACAUUGAUAAAGCACCAGAAUUGAAAAAAAUAUAUCAAAUAGUUCAUGUACCUACAUUUAUUCUUUAUCAUAAUGGUCAAGAGUUGAAACGUAUUAUAGAACCUAAAUAUGAUGAACUUGAAUCAUUUAUGGGAGAAGUAUCAAAGUUAUAA